AUGCCUUACGCUCCACCAACAGUUUCAAAUGUUGUUGUUUCCAAUCCAACAAAAUAUCCAAUUGAUUUCUUCUCAUUACAGUUUGAUCAGGCACUUAAUCAAACAGAAGAAACAAAUGCAAGAGAAGCUGAGUCUCCUUUCGUUACUUACACACCAAAAGUUAAAGCUCCAAAUGCUUCAAAGUUCUCUUAUUGCAUUAUUAUUGAUGGCGCUCCAUUAUCAGGAAAAACAACUUUGGCAAAUGCUUUAUCAGAGAAUUUAGGUUUGCCAAUUGUUAAUCUUGAUGAAUUCGUUAAAAUGGAAGCUGCCGAUCAAGUUCCAAAGCUCAUGGAGUAUCUUUCUGACAUCAAAUUCAUGCAUGGAUUCCUUGUUGAUGGAUAUGGUUUAGAAAGUGAUAAAAUUUCGCCAGUUGAUGAAACAUUUAUGCAACAUACAAUGAAGGCGAAGAAAGAUGCUUUAGAUGAUAUCUUGGCUCAUCCAAUGUCUAUUUAUCAGAACCAACAGCAAUCAUCAUUCUGCCAAUCAUUAGAAAUGCUUUUAAAGUCAUUGGAUGGACAUUAUGUUUUCCACAUUGCAAUGGGAUUAACUCCAGAACAAGUUGCAGAAAGAAAGGAUAAAAAUGAUAACAAGAAGAAACGCCAGGAAAGGAGAGAAAGAAGAGAAGAAGCUCUUCAAUUGUUUGAUAUGACUGAAGAGGAAUAUUUGGCAUUACCACCAGAGAAACAAGAAGAAAUUGAUGCCAAAAGAAGGAAAUACAGAAAGAUUCCAAAAGUUGAAGAAGCAGAAGAUGACAAAAACAAAUCAAAGAGUAGUAGAAAGAAAUCAAAGAAAGAUAAAGAAAAAGAGAAAGACAAAGAAAAAGAAACAAAAGAAGAAGAGACGAAAUUACCUCCUGUUCAAAAGAAGAAGACAAAGACAACAAUUCCAACAGAUCCUCAUCAAUACAACACUUUAGUUUAUUUGUUAUCUGUUGGUUUAUUGAAUCAAAAACUUUCAAAAGGAACAGAGCAUUACAAAGUCAUUGAUCCAAGUCAGUUGAACACAAUCGAGAAGAAUCCAAGCAUCUCUUUCAACUCUAUGUUCGUUAAUGCUGCUCUCAAACAGGAGAAUAUCAAAGAAAUAGUUUUGUCUUUCUUACCAUCAAUUAAUUCAUUGAAGGAAUUCGCAUUUAAAGGACAAAUUCCUCAACCAAUCGUUAUUGAUGACAAUGUAACUGCAGACGCAAUGAGAUUAUGGCCAAAGAUUCCUAAAUGCUUCUACAUCUCUGAUUUGGAUCCAGCGAAAAUGAAACCAAAUGACAUUGAAGUUGGAAAGAGAGUUUUAACACCGAAAUGGCAUUUGGAACCUGGACAAGAGAUGACAAUGCCAAUUGUUUUCGAUCCAGUACAGUCAAUCGGAUCAUUGAAUGACCAAUUGAUGUUUGCGAUCGAGAAAUCAAGUACUCCUCCAAUUCCUCUUAAAGUCAAAGCUCUUUCAAGUUUGCCAGCCAUUGAUUUAACACCUAAAGUGAUUUUCCCUAAGGUUGUAAAGAAAUUCGAUCCGAAACUUGCACCAUGUUACAGUGUUGAAACACACACAGUAAACUUCGGAUUCUGUUUGCCAACAAAGGAAAGAGGAAAGAAUCCUCCGAAAUAUUCGAUUCCUUUGACAUUUGUUAAUCUAGGAAAACUCCCUGCAGAAGUUUCUACUUUGUUUACUAAUUGUCAACAAAAACAAACAACAUGGUCUUGUGAACCACAAAACUUCACAAUACAACCAAAUGACAAAGUUGUUGUUACAUUAGGAUUCAAUCCAACAACAGUUGAAUUACAUAAAGCUUUGUUAAAUAUUGUUGUUAAGGAUAAUCCAGAACCAUUCUUCUUCGAUGUUGAAGGCGAUUGCUGCAAUCCUGUAAUAGAAAUUGCUCAUCCUUCAAUCGAAUUCGAUAAGAUCUUGAUUAAUUCCGAAAAACAAAAGAAAUUGGAUAUUAAGAAUACCGGAAAAGUUACUGCUUUCUGGCACAUCAAGAAUGCAAACCAACUUGGAGGAUUGGUCAAUUUCAACAUUGUUGAAGGAACAAUUGCUCCUAAAGCAACAGCAACAGUAAUUGCAAAGAUGUCGGCUCCUAAACCAUCUGCAGUUAAAAAAGCAAUUACAAUUGAAGUUUUGGAUUCAGAGAAAUCUCAUGUUUUCGAGUCAUAUAACAUACCUAUAACAGGAGAGAUCUUUGAUGUAAACUUCGAUGUUGCUUUCACCAAAUCAAAUACUCCAGACACAUUAGAUUUCGGUUUGAUGAAAGUUGGUCAAUCAAAGUCAGCUACAAUUUCAAUGAAGAACCGUGGCAAAUAUCCUGUUAAUUUCAAAGCAACAGUUGAUCAGAAGUUAUCAAGAUUCUUGACAUUGCAACCAACAGAAGGAACAGUAUCAAGUUCAGACAAGAAUCCUCAGAUUGUUGCAACAUUCGAUUCAAGUGCUGUACUUAAGUUUAAUGUUACUGAAGGAGUUGUUUUACAAAUCAUUGAUUCACAGACAAAAGCAGUAACAGCAACACUUAAAUACCCAGUUAUUGCACAAGCUGUUUAUAAUUCAUACCAAGCUUCUUGUGGAAAAUCAAUUGAUUUCGGAUCAAUUUCUUCUUUGGCGAAUGUUACAAAAGAAUUCCAAAUCAAGAACACCGGUUUAUUCCCAAUCGAAUACGAAUUCAGAGAUAAAUCCGAGAAGAAAGAAGAACAGAACAAUUCAUCAAAGAAACAAGCGAAACCACCUCCAAAGAAAGGUAAACAAGCAGCAGCAACAACAGGACCAUUCUCUUUGAAUCCAAUGUACGGAACAAUUCAUCCUGGACAAACACAAAACAUCCAAGCAGAAUUCAACACUUCAACACCAGGAAAACAAUCCGCUUCUUACAUUCUUUCUGUGAAUGAAACAGCUCCAAAUGAAGGAACAACAACUCUCAAGUUACAUGGUGUUUCAUUUACUCCAACACUGAGUAUGUCUCAGCCUGAUAAAGUAUUCGGAAAACUUCCUCUCAUGAUUAGAAUUGAUUUGGCAAGAAAAGAUAUGACAUGCUUCAUUGAAGAUGACCAAACAAUUCAUUUCGCACCAAGAAUUGUCGGUCAGAAAGAGUUAAUUCCAUUUACUUUGACUAAUACCUUACCUAUUGAUUGUCCUGUUGAUAUUAUCAUCAAACCAAAAGCUAAAGGUCCAUGUCCAUUUGAUGUUGAACAGAAAUCAAUUGUUGUUGCAACAAAUUCAACACAACAAACAAAUAUUUCUUUCUCUCCUCCAACAUGUGACAAUUUCCAAGCAACUUUGGAAGUAAUUGCUAAAGGAGGAAUCAAUGUCUGUAAGUACAACAUCGAAGGAUCUGGUGCAUUACCUUCUAUCACAAUGAUUACUCAGUUGGAUAA